UAUUUUGUACACGGACACACGCUCGCGCUGCCGUCGCAGUGUCUGUGUACACAUUAGACGGUGGAUGUUUUGGCGGGCUUUUCUUCACGCCUUCGGGUGUUAGUUGGAUUAAAAACACUCUCGGAUUAAAAACCCUGAUAUACCCCGGUGUCUCGUUUAAUCUGGAGCCAGAAUGGAGGAGUGUAACAAGCCGCGGCUGAACUUCAUUCUGAAGGAGCUCACUGCUGUUUCCUGUCCGCCUGGAGACGAGGACGUUCCCGGAGCUUCGUCCACGGUAGAGUUGUCUGACAACAGGCUGGUGUGUGUGGAGUAUCCUGCGGUGGUGAACAGCACCACCAACAUGCUGGAGACUCUCGGUGGAGAAAAAGUGGUGUCUAAAACCUUCGCUCACCCCAACAGACGACUGGAGCUGCGUUUCCGUCCUCAGGACCCGUUCUGUCACCCUCUGUGUGGAAACCGCUUCCCGUCCAGUAACCUCCUCCUCAAAGUGAGACGUCGCGUGCGGAAGAAAGACCCCAAGGAUGUUGAGGUGCACAUGGAUGUGAUGGGAGUCAUAGCAACAACAUAUAAAUUCCAAGGAAUGGCAGACUUCCAGUACCUGGCUGUUCAUUCAGACGCAGGGAAACACUCGUCUCUGUACGACAAGAUCAUCCUUCGCAAGUCAGAGAACCAGGAGUUCUUUGAUCAGCCCAUGCCUCACUUUCUACCACCAGCCAUCUUCUCUCGCCUCGACACUCCCGUGGAUUAUUUAUACCGACCUGACGUCCUCCAAAGUCUUUCGGCCAUCAAAAAGAACAACUUCAUCAGUCAGAAUCGCACUCGUCGACCCAACAACGCCAUUUUUGUCAGCUUCACCGACGCCACCGUGCCGUCGGAGUGUCUGGAGGCAGCCAAGCUCAACUGGACACGAAUCAGAGUGAAGGACUCGGACAAAGAGGCAGAGGAACAGAUGAGAAAGAUGUUUGAGAGUCGGCCCAUCUGGUCCCGGAACGCGGUGAGGGCCAGCAUCAACAUCCACCCCGAGAAACUCAAACUGCUGCUGCCCGUUUUUGCCUACUACAUGGUGACGGGACCGUGGAGAAGUCUGUGGGUGAAGCUGGGCUACGACCCCCGAAAAGACAGAGGGUCCAAGAAAUACCAGAUGCUGGACUUCAGGAUCCGCUUCAGCACCAAACACGGUUAUUCACCAUCUGAGCUGCCAGUCAAAGCCAAGAGGAGUACACUCGACUACAGUCUGCCCAUCACAGUCAACAAGACAGGUCCUCAGGCAGCCAGCGUGAUGGACCUUCCAGGUCAGGAAGGAGCGAGUACCAGUCGAGAAACGGCUCCACACACGUUCCAGCUGAAGGAGUCGGCAUACAUCUUCAAAGAGGGAAUGUUGCCUCCUCACAGACAGAUGUUUUACCAGCUCUGUGAUCUGCAUGUGGACAGUAUCAAACAGGCGAUUGAGAUAAAAAGUGAGGACGAGCAGGUGUGUUACGAGCGGGACGGUUGGUGUGCUUUCGGCACCACGGACAAACUGAGGGACAUGAUGUCAUCCAUGAUUAAGACAAUCAUCCGCGCGCAGAGACCAGUGGUGCCAGUAGUCCCGAGGAGAAGCACACGCAAACGCACAAGUUUAAAAUCCACACAGGGAGUUGUGGAUAAUGAGGGGGAGGAGGAGGAGGUGGAGGUGGAGGAGGAGAAUGAAGACAAUGAUGAUGACGAUGAAGAUUUUCAGCCAUCGGAGGGAAGUGAAAAUGAGAUGGAGACAGAAAUCCUGGAUUAUAUUUAACAAAGGACUGUUCUGAUGACUUGACUGUUAAUAUUAUUGUAUUUGUUUUGGUAAAAUGUGAAUUAAAUCUUAGAUAUACAGUA